UGUGAGGAUGUUCGUGAGGCUGACUUCAACUUGAUUAAAACUACGUACGCCGACGGAGAUACACAGUGAUGUCGGACAUGUUUACCUGCUCUGUGUGUGGAGGUGUAAGCUACACAAUACUGGAUUUUCUCAAUCACAAAGCACAGCAUGCAGCCCCUGGUGCAGGAAUACAUUGUGAGUUCUGUCAGAUAUCUUAUGCUAGAUAUAUCACCCUGAAGGAGCACUAUCGCAUCAAACACAAGAUAAUCUUCUCAGAUGACAGCAGCCAAAACAGAUCUGUGGCCGGCAGUCGUCAAUACAAACAUAGAAAAAAGACAGAAAAUACUAGUGACCAACUUCAGUCAGAGACGGAAAAUGAUGGUCAAGUCACACAACCAGCUGAAAGUGGGUUUGCUGUCAUGGAAAAAAAGUCUGAAUUUGAUGACAUUGUUAAUACUAUUGAACAAACAUCAGAGCAAAUCACUAACAUUCAGGAUAUUGCUCAAAAAAGUUCUGGUCUUGAUACAGUACAAACCAGUCAAGGACUGGAGUCCACAGCUGUUAUCAUAAUGACAUGUAAUAAUAGUGAUAUUAUCCCCAGCAAAGCUUUGGACACACAUCCCAUUUCUCAUCUUUUAGAAUCUGGUACAGAUGCGAACUUCAAUGCAUCAGCACUAUCCUGUAACAUGCCCCAUUCAGGGCCAGACAUAGAUGAAGCACGUUUAGUACAUAGAUCAAACCAUUCUCAUGAACAUGAAGAGUUCUUAUUCCCAGAUCAAAAUGCUGUGCAUGUUGUUAUGGAGAGAAGUAGCCAUGACAGCUUGAUAACAAAUGGAAUCUGUUCUCUUAUGACAACUUCAGACAUCCAAGACAAAAGUUCUGGCUUGUCACAAAGUUAUGAGGAUUUUAACAUGACUUCAGGAAAUGUUCAACUACCGUAUGGUAUGCAGCACCCUGGAGAUCUGUGUGAGCUUGGGUCUAUAGAUAAUGAUUCAUCUGUCCAUGUGAUUGUGGAGAAAAGUGACUCACUGACUAAUUCAGCUUUGGUCAGCAAUGGAGAGUUGAUGAAUUUAUGUAAUGGGGAUGACAAUGGAAAUCUGAUUUCGGAACAGCUGAAUCAGACGGAUACAGAACUGAUAUCUGGCGCUCCUGUACUUGCAAAAUCGGUAACGGAUGACUUCCACUUUAUACUCCUUACAGACUUAGUGGAGGGAAAUUCCAUCACAUACGGUAAACAAGCUUUCAGGUGCUUACAUUGUGACUACCAAAGUAGUUGGAAGAGUGGACUGUGUCGACAUAUGCGAGAGGAACAUCCAGAGACUUUGUCGCUCCAUCAAGCCAUCCAGAUUAAAACAGCACACACAGACAGCAAUAGAACAGUGAUGAAAAUGUCUGAGUAUACAGCAAUGCAGGUGAUGUGGAAAAAUAAGGCUGCUCACCCACGGUCACGUGGCGUGGAAAAACAGGACCUUCCUGGAAACUUCACGUGCCCCAAGUGCGACAAAGUGUUCAAUAGACUUCGGUAUUUGAGGAAACAUCAGAUUGUUCAUCGGACUGACCAAAAGUUUCUUUGUGAUGAGUGUGGAAAGGCAUUCAAAACAAGAGCAUACUUAAACCAACACAGGAAAAUUCACAAAAAGGAAGCCUAUAGUUGUAAUCAAUGUGAUUUCACUUCCUCUAUAAAUACUGUGAUCCACGAACACAGACAGAUCCACAACAAGGGAUGUGUGCUAUGUGAUAUCUGUGGCACAGCUUACUUUGAUAAAUCCACUUUGGCCAAGCACAAAUCUGUUCAUGAUAUGAGUCGUCCAUUUCCUUGCACCUACCCAGGGUGCACCUGGCGUUUCAGAAAUGAGGUGAUGUGUCGAGCACACGUAAGGAAUCACACAACUAAAGGUAAAUUUAAGUGUACUGUCUGUGGCUAUAUCUUUAGACAUAAACAUCAUCUUCAAAGACACGAGGAAAAAAUGCAUGGCAUAGCAAUUCCAAAAUCUUGGUCAAAGAAAAAUAUGGAGGAAAAGAAAUUAGACACAGUUGAAGAAAUCACAGACACUGUCAAUCUAAUUGUUGACCCAGAUAUUAGCUCUGAUCAUCUGAAUCUCCAAAAUGCUUUACAAACAAACCAGCUGGUAAUUGCCACAGACAGUGAUGGGAAUACAAUCAAUUAUGAAGUGGCAGAUAUCGCGAUGAAUGUGGCUUACCAGACAUUACUGGCAGGGACAGAUGGACAGUCGGUAGACACAAUCCUCAUACCUCACCAGGCAAAUGAUUGUAGUCAUAUUGUACUACAACAGGAAACAGAAGCUAUAACGGAAACAGUGCAAUAGUAAUAUGUAAUCAGUAGAAUACAGGUUACCUUUUUUCUAAUUUUUCUUAUUUAAACUAAAGUGCAAAUGCAUCGUAGAAUACCAGUAGUAAUUGAGAAGCGUUAUUAAGAAGAUUAGUUUAGAGAAAGUCUAGGGAUAUUUUGUAUGUUUCUAAAUUUUCAGAUGUAAAUAUGAUUGUCAUUUAAAAUGAAAUUGGUGCAGAAAUAUUGUUUUUGAUGAUAUAUUACAAUGAUUUUCGUUUUUUUUUCAACUGAUAUUUAGAAAGUAAUGUUAAUGAUAUAACACAA